ACUAGAAUGUGGGUGUGCGUGGAGCCGUGGACGCGUAAUAAGUGUGUUUUGGGUUUCUCGAGGCUGUAUUUUUACUCCUGUCCGCUCACAACAUCAAACUGCCUCUUCCAGCUCCGAAACACCAACAGAACUGGGCCAGUUCCACUUGGAUCAUGUUUUAAUGCUUUAACCGCGGAGCUCCGGUCUGGUUCGGUUCCGUUCGGCGGCGUCUCUGGGCGGGUUUGAUGUUGCUGGACUCACGCUGAGGGAGUCUGUCUCUUCACUGCAGUGUGGGGACACUUGAACUCCAGAAGAGUCAGAAGAUGUUGAGAAAAUGAUAGCAGCUCAAGAGCUUCAAGCAGACUUUUACCAGGAAGGACACUCUCUGCUCUCGGACACGGAUCUUGAAGAUCAUGAAGGGCGAAAUGGGAAACCUGCAAAAGGAAAGAAGGGCAAGAAGAGCAUUGGGGAGAAGUUGAAGGCCUCCGAGGUGAGGGGUCGGGUCAAUGGCCACCAUCAGGAGAAUGACAUGGAGAAUCUCAGCUUGUUUGAGAUUGUCAGAUUGGGCAAGAGUGCCACACAGUCAGUGGUUGAUGACUGGAUCGAGUCCUAUAAAACUGACAGAGACUCUGCUCUACUGGAACUCAUCAACUUCUUCAUCCACUGCUCUGGCUGUAAAGGUACGGUGAGCUUUGAGAUGUUCAGAAACAUGCAGAAUUCUGAGAUCAUCAGGAAAAUGACAGAAGAGUUUGAUGAGGACAGUGGCGAUUAUCCGCUGGCGAUGGCAGGUCCAGCGUGGAAGAAGUUUAAAACAAACUUGUGUGAGUUCAUCGCGACCCUGGUCCGACAGUGCCAGUACAGCAUCAUCUAUGAUGAGUACAUGAUGGACACGCUCAUCUCUCUGCUCACCGGCCUGUCAGACUCACAGGUCAGAGCGUUCAGACACACCAGCACUCUGGCAGCCAUGAAAAUGAUGACUGCUUUGGUGAACGUUGCUCUAAAUCUAAGCAUCAAUUUGGACAACACACAACGACAGUAUGAGACUGAACGCAACAAGAGCAUCGGGAAACGAGCCAAUGAACGCUUGGAACUUUUGCUGCAGAAGCGCAAAGAGCUCCAGGAAAACCAGGAUGAGAUCGAGAAUAUGAUGAAUGCCAUUUUUAAAGGUGUAUUCAUCCACAGAUACAGGGAUGUGAUUGCUGAGAUCAGAGUCGUCUGCAUUGAGGAGAUUGGCAUGUGGAUGAAGAUGUACAGUGAGGCGUUUCUUAAUGACAGUUACCUGAAGUACGUGGGCUGGACCAUGUAUGAUAAGCAAGGUGAGGUGCGUCUGAAGUGUCUCACAGCUCUUCAGGGUUUGUAUUACAGCAGAGAACUCAACGCCAGACUGGAACUCUUCACCAGCCGCUUCAAGGAUCGAAUCGUGUCCAUGACUCUGGAUAAGGAAUAUGAUGUUGCUGUUCAGGCCAUUAAGCUGCUGACGCUGGUUCUGCAGAGCAGUGAUGAAGUCUUGAUGGCUGAAGACUGUGAGAGUGUCUAUCACUUGGUUUAUUCCGCCCAUCGACCAGUUGCCGUGGCAGCAGGGGAGUUUCUCUACAAAAAGUUGUUCAGCCAUCACGGUCCAGAGGAUGAGGGGCGGCCUAGGAGAGGCAGACAGUGUUUGAAUGCUAACCUCAUCAGAACAACAGUCUUAUUCUUUCUGGAGAGUGAGCUGCACGAGCAUGGUGCCUACCUUGUGGACAGUUUGUGGGACUGUGCAUCAGAGCUGCUGAAGGACUGGGAGAGUAUGAUCAGCUUGCUGCUGGAUGAACCCUUUCCUGGAGAAGAGGCUCUCAGUGAUGCUCAGGAAGUUGCUCUGAUUGAGAUCAUGUUCUGUGCUGUCAGACAGACUUGUGAGUGUCACCCACCCAUCGGUCGAGGCACUGGGAAAAGGGUUCUAACAGCUAAAGAAAAGAAAACCCAGUUGGAUGAUCGAACAAAGAUCACAGAAACAUUUGCUGUGGCUCUUCCUCUGUUACUGGCUAAAUAUUCAAUGGACCCUGAAAAGGUCACUAAUCUGUUGCAGUUUCCUCGGUAUUUUGAUUUGGAGAUCUAUACAACCGGUCGCCUGGAGAAGCAUCUGGAUGCACUGCUACGUCAGGUCCGUGAUGUGGUGGAGAAGCACACAGACACAGAUGUAUUAGAGGCCUGUUCCAUGACAUUCCAAGCACUGUGCAAUGAUGAGUUCACCAUCUAUAACCGCGUAGACCUUGUGCGCAGCCAGAUGCUCGAUGAACAGAUCGACAAGUUCCACCGCCUCCUGGAGGACUUCCUGUUGGAGGGGGAAGAGCCUGAUGAAGAUGACGCCUAUCAAGUUUUGUCAACCCUCAAAAGAAUCACAGCCUUCCACAAUGCCCAUGACCUCACUAAAUGGGAUCUUUUCACCAGCAACUACAGACUUUUAAACUCUGGCCUGCAAAACGGAGAUAUGCCUGAGCAGAUUGUGACUCACGCCCUCCAGUGCACUCAUUAUGUCAUACUCUGGCACUUGGCUAAAGUCUCAGAGGGCAGUGCCAGUAAGGAUGAUAUGGUGCUCUUGCGGAGGCAGGUGCGAGCCUUCUGUAUGAUGUGUCAAAGAUACCUGAACAGCAUGAGCACUGCUGUCAAAGAACAGGCCUUCACCAUUCUCUGCGAUGCCCUCUUGAUCUUCAGUUAUCAGAUUGUGGCAUCGGGACGGGAAAUUUUAGAGCCUCUGGUGUUCAGUCCAGAUGCAUCCUUACAGAGCGAGCUACUAAACUUCAUCCUUGAUCAUGUGUUUGUUGACCAGGAUGAGGAUAGCAGCACAGACGAUGAGGCCGGUAAGAUCGAAGCGCUUCAUAGACGCAGGAACUUAUUGGCAGCCUUCUGCAAAUUGAUCAUUUUCUGUGUGGUGGAGAUGAAGACAGGAGCAGAUGUCUUUAAACAGUAUAUGAGAUACUAUACCGAUUACGGUGACAUCAUUAAGGAGACCAUGAGUAAAGCACGUCAGAUUGACAAGAUUCAGUGUGCCAAGACUCUGAUCCUCAGCUUGCAGCAGCUCUUUAAUGAGAUGCUGAGUGAUCUGGGCUGUAACUUUGAUCGCUCCACAUCUGCUUUCUGUGGGAUUAAAGAACUGGCUCGACGCUUUGCUCUCACAUUUGGCCUCGAUCAGCUAAAAACCAGAGAAGCCAUUGCGAUGCUCCACAAGGAUGGAAUAGAAUUUGCCUUUAAAGAACCCAGUCCACAGGGCGAGGGCGGCCCUCCUCUAAACCUGGCUUUCCUUGACAUCCUCAGUGAAUUUUCCUCCAAACUACUGAGGCAGGACAAGAAGACUGUGCACGUGUAUCUAGAGCGGUUUAUGACGUUUCAGAUGGCCCUUCAGAGGGACGACUGCUGGCUGCCGCUCAUCUCCUACCGUAACUCUCUGCAGGCGGGCGCUGAUGAUGACACACUGUCCGUCAUCAGUGGCAUGAGCAGAAGCUCUGCCCGCAGUCGCAGGGGCAAACCACCUGCCGCCAGCAAGAGAAAACUGCCCGAUGAGGACAGUAGUUGUAGCAGCAGUGAUGUCAGCAUGUGGGUGAACCGUGUACAGAAUAUCCCACACUCUCCUGUAAUGAUGUCAUCACCUCACAUCGUCUCCACUGUCCUGCGGGACGCAAAGAAGCUCCGGCCAGAGCAGGGGUACAUCGGGGUUUACAGUAUGAGCAACGAAGCGCAACACACACCCCUGCAGCAGCCGCAUCAACACAUGGACUACAAUUCUCAGGUUGCAUGGAUGAUGGCCCAAAAACAGCAGCAGGAGAGAGCAAACCUGCAGUACGGCAAGAUGAGAGGUCACAUUCAGCACACUAUUCGCCGUGGCAGUGGGCUGAUGGAGGAUGAUGAGGAGCCGAUUGUAGAGGAUGUGAUGAUGUCAUCAGAGGAACGUCUGGACGACCUUAAUGAGGGCAUGGACUUCGACACCAUGGACAUUGAUCUGCCUCCAUCCAAAAACCGCAGGGAGAGAUCAGAGCUGAAACAAGACUACUUUGACCCUUCCUCUAUCAUGGACGAUUCAGUUCUGAAUGUCUCCAUGUUCUGAUAUGGGUAAAUGAGAGCAUCGGUGACCUGUUUCUCCUCUUCUGAUUUCACUCCAUGGACUAAUGCACAAGAUGGUGCUGUGUAUCUUUCCCUCCCGAAAACACACCAUGACUUUCCAUCUGUACAUACAACAGCCUGCAGGGCAUCAGACAGACAUUUACAGCAUGAGAUCAGACCUAUCUAUUUGUAACGGAGGUUUAAAAAUAGCUGUUUUUUUGUAACUCCUGGAGGAGUUUUGAUUUUUAGGUAAUUUUGUAAAGACAAUCAAUUGUAAAUGACUUUAUAAAGUGUGAUUUUAAAUUCAAAAUUUAUAACUCAGCUUUCCUUGAAGCGUCUAGACUUGCAGUGUGUUUUAUUCCCCAGUUUUUUUAAUCCAUUACUCACAAUGUUUUCGCUCCCCAGAAUAGGUUAAACCUGGUAUCGUGAUAAUAUUCCUCACUCAUUACUUGUAUGGUUGUGAUUGGCUGAUUGAAAUGUUUUAGUUUUUUAAUUGAUCCUUUAAUAACUCAAAGCACUUGCUGAUUGGAACUUUAAAAGCAUGGCCAUCUUUCAUAUUUAAUUACUUUUUUAAAUAUAUCUAUUUUUCAGCUUUAAAUUUCGAAGGUAUUUCUGCAUCCAGGGCAUUGCCCCCAUUUUCACACAAAAGCUUUCUCUGUAGGAUAUAUCUAAUUCUUUUUUUGAAUAUUAGAAUUAGCUAUUAUAAUAUAUUGUUAUAUCUUAAAAAAUAUAAUUAUAUGUAUUAUUUUGUUUUACACAAAAUGUGUCAUGUAAUGUGAAUCCUUGCUGAUUUAUAUUUAAGUUGUUGUUUUUUUUAUGUUUGGUAUCCAACCUACUGUUUCAGUCACUGCAUCUGUCCUGAGAGUCACUGAUGUUUGAUUCACUUUCAUUUUGGAGAAGCUCCACUGUGAAAAAUUCUAUAAAUCUUUCCCCUUUGUGUAGUUUAAUACGUUAAGGAUUGAGCUUGUGGGUUGGUUUGGGUAAUUGAAAUCAUGGAUGGCUUGUUAAUCAAAGUGAAACAUGAUGAUUGUGUUUGUGCUGAGAAAUCUUGGUAAAGUAACCGUGGUAAAUAUAUCCCGGGUAAAUGCAUUUCAGCAAGGAGCUUUUGGUCAUGCAGGGUUGGAAAAAAAACAUCCCUUUUAAUGUGUUUCACUCGUAGUUGGUCAUUUUUCCCACUUUGAUAUUAAUUUCUAGUCCUGCAAUGUCGCCUUGUUUCCAAAAGUGUGUGAGUGUAUGUAUUUUAAUGUAUUGGACUGUACAUAAAAACCAAGAUGUUUUAUUCUAUUUA